AAAACACUCCUUGUAUGUAACUCCGUAUUUCGGAGUCCAGCACCGUGACCCGUCAAACACGAUGUUGAAAAAGCAACGCGCUAGAACAAACCAGGAAAGGCUAGCGUCAAUCUUUUACCCCAUCUUUCCCCGCAAAAUCACACAGAUCCAACCCUCGGGCUUGGCACGUGUACAUGUGGACCUCUGACAGUACCGUUGGUCGGGCGUCUUCAAUUGGCUUUUGCAAGUUGCAACCGCUUUUGAUCUUUGUGGUUUCUUGGCUAGGUUUUGGGCGGACUUGGGAGGUGUGGGUGAUGACAUCCGGAAGAUGGUAUUCGCCUCUGUCCUCAGAAUGUAUGGAGGGAAGCAAAACGAAAGAAACAGGAUGCGGUUCAAGAGUCGCGAGGAUGCUUCGAACUUAUGACUCCAACAGCGUAGCAUUCAUUCACCGAUAUCCGGCGAGGUCGAGACCGAGAUCGCUCUCACCUCCCAUGUCGUUGUCAGUGCCCGGUGAAACCUCAUGGGAUUCCCAUCUCCACCAUCUCCACCGCAGAAGCUCACACCGGCCCGUCUCUUCCCCACCGCCUCCGCUGCCAAAACCUAAACACGACCAAACACUUGCAUCGCGGCUCCGUUUCCAUGACACAAACAAAGCAAAAUGCCAAUUCCUUCUGUCGAAAAUUUACACGACCAAACACUACACAAGCGAGAUGUUAAGGGAUCGACCUACCUAACACAGUUUAGUAGGAACUGUAAGCCAAGACGCAUGGAGCGAGUCAGUUCAGUUUACUGCCUAGGGUAAGAGCGAGAUCGCUUGCUUGCAUUCCCGGUGCGGCGUCAUUGUAACUUGUAAGUGUAAAACUGAAGAAACCCGACCCCAAGAAGGCGAAUCGGCCGGCCCCGAGACAAAGAAAAGAGUGUGAGUACAGUACAGACAGACGGGAUUUUACUUGCGAAACUUGU